AUGCGACACUAUAAAGGUAUCGGCGCGGCGUUUCGAACGAGAGAGGGUUCGCUGCGACCAAAGCGACACCUGGGGCCGACCUCGGAGACUCAACGCGACGAUAUCGCCUUCCCACGACAGCGAAGGACCUCCCCGACGCGCAUACAUUACCGCAGCACGCAUUGUCGUCGUAACCCCCCCCCCCCCCCCCCCCCCUCCCCCUGCAUCCCCCACCUCCGCGCGGGGCCACACGCGUUCCCGAACGGCGCACCACAGCCAAUUGGAAAUGGGCUUAAUUAUUCCCGCUACGAAACUAACACUCGCGUUCACAAUCAAUUAAUAAUUUAUGAGAUUUUUACGGCCGCGCCGCGAUCC